CGCGGGCCCGAGUAGUGGGCGCGGGGCGGCCCGCUCGGCUCCUCCGCACCCGCUCCCCGCUCGGGCCGAGGCGCCGCGGCCGCGCGCCCCUCCUGGAGGAGGAGGAGGAAGGAGGCGGGAGGAGGAGUUGCCGAGAAGAGAAGGCGAGCGCGGCAGUCGCGCCGGCGCUGGGCGAGGAAGCCGAGCCGGGCCGCCUCCGGUUCUACGGAGCGCCUUUGCUGAGCGUCACGCUGGGACACGAGCGGGUCAGUGCUGCAGGAGUGCGGUCUAGCCUAGACUCCAGCUGGGAAGAAUGUGACCACUGGCCCACACGUUAGAGAUUGUACCAAAAAGCGAGGUGCCAGGGAAAAGAAAGAAAAUGGCUCCAAAGGUUAAAUGAAGCAGGAAAAAUACAUAGAUGCAGCCUUGCAGGCUCUCCAGAUGUUUGGGGAUAAUAUUCCAGGAAGAAAUUUUGAUCCCUUGGAUUAGGUAACUAGUCAUAAUGAAGAAAAUUAGUCUUAAAACCUUCCGGAAAUCUUUUAACUUGAAUAAAAGUAAAGAAGAAACUGAUUUCAUGGUAGUACAACCACCAUCGCUAGCCGGUGACUUUGGAAAAGAUGAUUCCUUGUUUGGUAGCUGCUACGGUAAAGAUAUGGCCAGCUGCGAUAUCAACAGUGAAGAUGAAAAAGGCGGAAAAAACAGAUCAAAAAGCGAGAGCCUGAUGGGAACGCUAAAAAGGCGGCUUUCUGCAAAACAGAAAAAAGGCAAGGCAGGCACACCCUCUGGGAGCUGUGCCGACGAGGACACCUUCUCCUCCUCCUCAGCACCCAUCGUCUUUAAAGACGUGAGAGCUCAGAGGCCGAUACGGUCCACCUCCCUCCGCAGCCAUCACUACAGCCCCACGCCGUGGCCUCUUCGGCCCACAAACUCCGAGGAGACCUGCAUCAAGAUGGAGGUGAGAGUCAAGGCCUUGGUUCACUCUUCCAGCCCGAGUCCAGCCCUGAACGGCGUCCGGAAGGAUUUCCACGACCUCCAGCCUGAGACCGCGUGCCAAGAGCAAGCCAAUUCACUGAAGAGCUCGGCUUCACAGAACGGAGACCUGCAUCUUCACCUGGAUGAACAUGUGCCUGUCGUUAUUGGACUUAUGCCUCAGGACUACAUUCAGUAUACUGUGCCUUUAGAUGAGGGGAUGUAUCCUUUGGAAGGAUCACGUAGCUAUUGUCUGGACAGUUCUUCUCCCAUGGAAGUCUCUGCGGUUCCUCCUCAAGUGGGAGGGCGCUCUUUCCCUGAAGACGAGAGUCAGGUAGACCAGGACCUCGUUGUUGCCCCAGAGAUCUUUGUGGAUCAGUCGGUGAAUGGCUUGUUGAUUGGCACCACGGGAGUCAUGUUGCAGAGCCCGAGGGCGGGUCACGAUGAUGUCCCUCCACUCUCACCAUUGCUACCUCCAAUGCAGAAUAAUCAAAUCCAAAGGAACUUCAGUGGACUCCCUGGCACAGAGGCCCACGUGGCUGAAAGUAUGCGCUGUCAUUUGAAUUUUGAUCCUAACUCUGCUCCUGGGGUUGCAAGAGUUUAUGACUCAGUGCAAAGUAGUGGUCCCAUGGUUGUGACAAGCCUUACAGAGGAGCUGAAAAAACUUGCAAAACAAGGAUGGUACUGGGGACCAAUCACACGUUGGGAGGCAGAAGGGAAGCUAGCAAACGUGCCAGAUGGUUCUUUUCUUGUCCGGGACAGUUCUGACGACCGUUAUCUUUUAAGCUUGAGCUUUCGCUCCCAUGGUAAAACACUUCACACUAGAAUUGAGCACUCAAACGGUAGGUUUAGCUUUUAUGAACAGCCAGAUGUGGAAGGACACACGUCCAUAGUUGAUCUAAUUGAGCAUUCAAUCAGGGACUCUGAAAAUGGAGCUUUUUGUUAUUCAAGGUCUCGGCUGCCUGGAUCUGCAACUUACCCCGUCAGACUGACCAACCCAGUGUCCCGGUUCAUGCAGGUGCGCUCGCUGCAGUACCUGUGUCGCUUUGUUAUACGUCAGUAUACCAGGAUAGACUUAAUUCAGAAACUGCCUUUGCCAAACAAAAUGAAGGAUUAUUUACAGGAGAAGCACUACUGAAAGAUUGAGAACCCUGCAUCUUGCACUUUGGGAAUAAGGAAAAGAGAUUGAAAUACAGUUUACAGACUUUCAUUGCCAUCAAAAUCUUUUGCUGCCAUAACUAUUUGUUUUAUGUGUAAAAGAGUCAUCAGUUUGUUAGGGGGAAGUGUCAGCAAGGUGUCUUGGGUUUCAUUUGGUUCUUUAAAAAGGGAAGUCUUGAGGUUUUAGAGGUGUGAAUUAUCUUUCAUCAAUGUGCAGAAUAAUCACAAUGUGAAUUAUCAAAUUCUCCUCAAUGCCCCCCGCCCAGUCCUUUGCUGCUAUCCACUGUGAUUUUUAUGCAUUAAAAGCACAUUUCAUGUGUAUUCAACCUUAAGUAAAGUCGAAUGAAACUUACAGAAUGGAAAUUGCUAUGUCUUUUUAAAUGGCCCAUUUUCAAAAGAUAAUGUUGAAUAAACAUACCUGUGUGAUGUGAUAAAACACAGAAUUUACGUAUACACUGAAGAUGAGUUUUUAAUUUCUUUAAAAAGAUUUAUUUAGAAUCAUGAAUUGACAUAAUCUUGGGUAAUGGAACGGAGAUCUACAACAUAUAACAACAGCAUAAUUUUUUCUAAAUUAUUUCUGAGGUUGUGCUAAGUUUUUUGGUUGUGAAAAGUUGAAUUUUUCUGUUGCCUUUAUUUUCAUCUUAUAGUUUGUCUAUUUUAAUAAAUGGCCUUACAUUAAAAAAUUGUAAAGAAAUGUAUACCACCCGUUUAGGAAUUGUUGCCUUUUCUGUAAUUAAACUCGGGUACAAAUUGGCAUAACACGAAAACCUAUGGAACUAGAAUUAUUAUUAAAGAAAUAUUAGAUGAUCAUA